CAGGUCUGAAGUGUGUGAGGGUCUCUCAGCUGAAGCUGCCUCCCUCCCUGGAAGAUGGUCCUGCUGCUCGGUCUGCUUUUAAUCCUCUGUGGAGCCCCGAGUCUGUGUCUGGAGGAAGACACAUCCUUUCUCUUGGAUGGAGACAUCCGUCACUUGGCCGUGGACAGUAACACGGUUUACAUCGCCACUGAAGAGAAACUGUACCAGCUGAACCACGACCUGACCCCGGUCCACAGUCUGACCCUGAGAGGAGUCCUGAAUCCGGACACGGAGGACUUCUACAGAGUUCCUGCUGCCGCUGACUGGAACGCAACUUUCAGGGUCAAUAUUUUAUUACCGUUUGAGAAGAAUCAGUCUGUGAUCAGCUGCGGUGUGAUCGAUGGAGCGUGUGGAUACUGUGAGAUUCUGGACCUGAACAACAUCUCCAACAUUCUGCACAAGGAAAACUUCCAGGUGGGACCAGCCAAACGCAGCAGCGCGUCCGUCGCUUUUCUGGUGACCCUGAAGAAAAACCAGUCUCUCAGUGACUCUUAUAUUCUGACUGCGAUACAACAGGACGGGUCUGGAGAGGAGAAAUGUCCCUCUGAUUCAGGAACUGUUAACCUUCACAACACUGAGGACACUUCCACCGGGGGGAUAUUUUCUCUAAAUGAGGCGUCUGGCAUACCCACCAUCGAAAGUAAAGGUAACUUGGAGUUCGUGGACGGAUUUCAGAUCAACUCGAUCAUUUGUCUGCUCGCCAAUGAACCAUCAGACGCUGAAAACCACCGAGUCCGUCUUUUUCGGCUCAAAAACAAUGUAAAGAAAAGGGAGACUCUGAAGUCUCUGAGGGGAGCGACUCUCUCUGAUGCUGGCAGCAGACUGCUGGCCUCCUCGGUCGUCCCCGGUGGUCUGCGGAUGCUUUGGAGCGGCGUGUUCAGUGUGGAUGGAGGACAAACCAACACCCAGCUGCUGCUGUUUGACAUCACUCCUGAUUUCUUUGGGAUAGCUUUGCUGUCUAGCUUUGCCUUACUGCAGUCCCUCAGAUCAAUCGUGAGUCACUACUCUUAA